CGUAAAACGAAAUGAAAGGGUUUUUUGUGCACGUGUGCGUCGCCAUCAAAAAUGAACAAUAAAUUUUAAGUCUAAAAUUCUGAAAGAUUGACUUAAUAUGCAGAAAAUGGCUUUAGAUGAGCAACAAGAAAUGCUUUUGAAUACAGGUUUAGCUCCAUCUCCAUCAACCUGCGCCUCACUCCUUCUGGAAAACCCACCAAAAUGGGGAGAAGCUGGCCGUUACGCCACGAGACAGCACAGAAAAAUUGCUGGCAAAGCCACGUUCCAGGGACAGGUGUACAAUUUUCUGGAACGGCCUGACAACUGGAAAUGUUUCCUUUAUCAUAUCAUUGUAUUUAUUUUGGUGGUUGUUUGCCUUAUAUUCAGCGUUUUAUCGACCAUUGAGGCUUAUUCGAAUUUUGCUAACGAGACUUUGUUUUGGAUGGAAAUAUAUCUAGUGAUAUUUUUUGGAGCCGAAUACAUUAUACGUCUUUGGUCGUCUGGGUGUCGCUCAAAAUACAUGGGCGCAUGGGGACGUUUCAGGUUCAUCAGAAAACCAAUUUGCAUCAUAGAUUUAAUCGUCGUGGUUGCCUCAGCUGUGGUACUGACCCUCGGUUCCAACGGACAAGUAUUCGCAACCUCAGCAAUCAGAGGAAUCCGCUUCUUGCAAAUACUCCGGAUGCUUCACGUGGAUAGACAAGGCGGUACUUGGAGGCUUUUAGGCUCAGUUCUCUACAUACACCGUCAAGAAUUAAUAACGACCCUUUACAUAGGGUUUUUGGGCUUGAUAUUCAGUAGUUACUUUGUGUAUUUGGCUGAAAAGGACGCUACGGUGGGCGAGGGCGGUAAAAAUACCGGUGAUUUUUCCAGUUAUGCUGACGCUUUAUGGUGGGGCGUGGUUACCGUGACUACUAUCGGUUAUGGUGACACGGUACCCAGGACUUGGAUUGGAAAAAUUGUGGCGUCCUGUUUCAGCGUGUUUGCUAUAUCGUUUUUUGCAUUACCAGCAGGUAUAUUAGGAUCAGGCUUUGCGCUGAAAGUUCAACAAAAACAACGCCAAAAACAUUUCAACAGGCAAAUACCAGCGGCCGCCAUGUUGAUUCAGUGCUUGUGGCGCUGCUACGCUGCUGAUAAAAGUUUCAAUUCUGUCGCAACAUGGCAAAUUUAUUUCAAGGACAAUCCACAAAAUCCACAAGUUUUUAAGAAAAUCUCUGUACUCAAAAGGAAAAAAUCCAAAAACAAAAUGGAAACGCUAUUGCCCUCUAUUUCAACACUAUCAGUCAACAAUCAACGUGACGUGUCACCAAGCGGCGUACAUUCCCCCAACGUAUGCGGUAACGAAUUGGUACAGUGUAUUUCGGAUUUGGAAUUUUUUAAAGAAGAUCCAUUUACAGGUCCAUCAAGUAUGUUUCGAAGAGGUUUGUUUGUUAGUCAGAAUAGUACAGCAACUGAGACGCAAAGUGAUGAAAUUGAUGAUGACGGUGAACCGCCCAGAGUUACUCAGCUCACCGAUGCGCAUAGAAACGCCAUAAGGGCCAUAAGAAAAUUCAAGUAUUUCGUGGCUAGACGUAAAUUUCAGCAGGCACGUAAGCCCUAUGACGUCAGAGAUGUCAUUGAGCAGUACAGUCAGGGUCAUUUGAAUAUGAUGGUUCGAAUAAAGGAGCUUCAAAGAAGACUGGAUCAAACCCUUGGAAAACCUGGAAGUUACAUGGCUGGCACCGAUAAAGCUGGCCACAGAAAGCCUAUGACUGUAGGAGCCAGAUUAUAUACUGUGGAGCAUCAAUUAUGCGAACUACACAAAAAAAUCGACGUUAUAAUCACUAAAGUUUCAAAUCUUGAACCAAAGAAUAAUGAUAACGUAACUUAGAGUAGGUACCUAUGUCACAAACCUAACUUAAAUUAGUGUUAAAAUUGACAAUCAAAAGUUUAAUUUUGUUGUGAUGGAAAAAAAUUGCAUAUUAUUAAGCACA